GGAGCUCGCCGGGGGAUAUUUCUGAUGCAACCUGGCAACCAAACGAACUGGCUCGAGUUCCUCAAUAGCCCCGGUGUAAGACCGUAAGACCACCGGAGAGUCUGCAACUCUGCUCCGACACAGGCUGCCUGUUUGUUUCAGAGUGUAUGCGCUGUCGGUGGGCAGAGAUGGGUCACGGUCGGACGGUGGCCUGCGUGCUCUGUAAACGCUCCGACGAGACGAGGAUAACCGGAGCGUUAUCAACUAAAGAUCAAGUCACGGCUCAUCAGAACUGUUUGUUAUUUUCCGCCGGUAUUUAUUGUCGUGAUUCUCCAGAGUUUGAUGAUUUGUUUGGUUUCUCUGUGGAGGAUGUGAUGAAUGAGGUGAAACGAGGAAGCAAACUGACGUGUAGCAAAUGUAAGAAAAAGGGUGCCACCGCUGGCUGUGAGGUCAAACGCUGCAAGAAGUCCUACCACUACCCGUGUGCAGUUCAGGAAGGAGCUAAGACUAUUGAGGAUGAGGACAAGGGAAAAUAUGGGCUGUACUGCUUCUCUCACUAUCAACAAACACAAGAAAACAACUCUGUAAAUGGACGUGCCUCUUCCGUCUCCGAGCACCAAACUUCGGAAGAGUCCAACGGAGCCGGACCAUCUAAGGUAUUUUGCCUUACUUGUGAGAAGACAGAGGGAAAUAUCAGCUUGGAAAGUUUGUCUAAUAGUAUUAUUAUAUUGUAUUGUGAUCAACAUGCUCCUGCAUCACAUAAGAGGAACGCCAGCGGUGAUUCUACAACAGCCGGACCGUCUGCGUACAGCAGUGACUCCAACUCAUCCAGCAGUAUGAAGCAUUCCAAGAGACGGUUGAGUUUCAGUGACAAACAGGAAGAGAGCGCCUCUAAACGUAAAGCUGAAAGCUGGAAUGGGAUAAUAACAGAGGAUUCUUCAGAUGACAGUGAACCUAAUGCAGACAUAGCGAUAUUCGGCCCUAUAGAGUGUGAUUUAGAUGAAAGUGCAAACUCCCAGACUGCGCGCCAGUUGAUCAGUAAAGCUACCCAGAGUCCCACCGGGUCCCCCUCAGUCGUGCCGUCUCCUCUAGGAAACCAACCGGAGGAUGAGAGCAAAGAUAAAGAUAAAGACGACGAUGACGAUGAUGAUGAUGAUGAAACAGAUGCUGAGUCAGUGAGUCUGCUGCCUCCUGUGGGGAGCAGCAUGGAGUCCCAGUCACUCCCAUCUCAGACUGCAUCAGCUGCACAUUUCCCGGUGGAGGUUGUAAAGAGACACGGUGAAGGGUCCAGUCCGGGGCGAAGUCCUGUCCACACACCUGUCCCUGAUCAACCCACAGCUGGGCCCUCUGUCCCACAGCAAGACUCCGUCGGGCCCGCUCCCACUCCUGACCGCUCUAAACCCUACAGCGUUACUGGUUCACCAGAUCCACCUGAAACCAUCUGUGUGUCCCUCCUCUCCUCCCCUUCCUCCCCCGCGGCACUUCCCACAGACCCAGAGCCCGGCAUCGACUCCACCAGCUUCUGGAAAAGCUGCAACGCGGCAGGAUGCACGCAGGCCAUCUUCGGCGAUUUCGUUAAUGCGAUGAACGAUAUCUCCAGCAGAAUUCAGUCAGACCGGGCGAGCCAGGAGGAUUAUGAUCUUGCACUAAGAGUGAUGGAGGCUUCUGGAAAACUGCCAGAGCUUGUGACCAAGCAGCAGAAAGAGUUACAAAGGAAACAACUGGAGCUGCAAAAGGCAGCAGCAGCUAUGAAGGAGGUGGUCUCAGCACUGAGGAGAUGAGCAGCAGCUGCUGUCAGAACAUGGAGAUCAGUGUUUACAGUGAUGGCUGACUUCUUUUGAUUUUCACAGAUUUUUAAGAUUUGAUACAAACAGUAUAUUUUUAUAUUGAUUAUGGCUUCAUAUUUAAGCGAAGGGUUAGAUGUGGGAAUACAAAACCGUACCAAUAAUCUCAGAUUACAGCCUGUGAUAGAAAUGCUUCUAGAAAUAAGUUGUAAAUGGUACAGUUAGAAAAGAUGUAUCACAGGAAUGUGUCAUUUUCAUUUAACAAAAAAAAAAAGGGGGGGGGACAGGUUUCUUUUUUUACCUGAAUAUUUAUGAUGUUGAAAUUGUUAAAUUGUGCCGUUCAGAUUUUUUUUUAAAUAUUUUGGUAAUGAUACGUAUUCUUUUUAUUAUGUUUAGUAUGUAUUACUUAAAAUGGAAGAUAUUUUAUUGUCAACCAACAAUGGAAAAACCAAAACAUUGUGCCACUGUGUUUAUAUUUCUGUGUAUACGCGAAUGUCUGAGUCUGUAUUUUUGUUCCUUUGCACGGAGAAGGGAAAAAGUCUGAAGACACUUGUAGUAUAAAGAAAGCUUAACUUAAUUGUGACAACAAAGUUAUAUCUCCAUACUGCACUAAGUUUUGUUUUGAGUUCCUUCCUUCCUCAAACUGUUACCACUUACAGGAACUCUUCAGUCUUUUGUCACUUGAAUUGUUGUCAGUGAGUGGCCAAAUUGUUUUCAUGCACUUUUUUUGGACUUAAUCUUAUUUACAGUCCAUAAGGGUCCAUUAGUGCCUGUUCAAGAUUACAUUUUUAAAGCUGUUUCAGAGUUAAAAUGAUAAAUGUUCAUUUGAAGCUGAAAUAUGUUGGUGUAUGUUUCUUGUUCUUAGACCUUUUUUUGCUCUG